AUGCUCCAGCAAAUCACCAAUUUCACCCCACUUCCACUAAAUGAGCUUACGCAUUCAUCAACCACCACGAAUACCACUGCGCGCGUAAUCAUUAUUGCUGAUGUUGGCAUACUUUUAGGCGCCAAGAACACAACGUCACCGCAAUUGAUUUGCGGCUUCCAACAACGAUAUAUGGAUAAUAGAUGCGCCCACAAAGACGAAUUCGGCACACAGCGUGUCUACAAGAAGACCUCACCAAAUUGUGUGCUUACCCUGUAUUUACCAUCACGUGAGAUUACACUCUCCGGCAAUAAUCCAGCUAUACUACGUGGAAUAAUCUAUGUGGAUCCCAAAGCGAUACAAGGUUACCGAGUUUAUGCUCAGUUAACUUUGACAUUUCGCUAUGGCCGCGAGGAUGAAGAAGUGAUGGGUUUACGUUUCUGCAAUGAGGCCAUCAUGUCGCUGCAUCAAGUUUGGCCCAGGAAUGAGGAGCCGGCGCUUGAAUCGCUUAGUCCACUGCAGGAAGCCUUAGUGAAACGUCUGGGCGAUGGUGCGCACCCAUUCACGCUCACCUUAACGCCACAAGCGCCACCCAGUGUACAAUUAGUGCCGGCAAAACGGUACUAUGGCGCACCAAUCGGCACCAGCUACGAUGUGCGCUGUUUCAUAGCCGACAAAACGGAUGAGAAAUUCCACAGACGCGCCUCGGUUAAAAUGGGCGUACGCGUCAUCUAUCGCACCGAUGUGUAUAAUCAUGGCAAUGGUCCGGAGAAUUUUGCUGCACUCAUCAAUAGUCAGGGCGCCUCACCGCCUCUAACCGCUGCUCUAACCUCACCGCCAGCCGCACUCACUAAUACUGGCUUAUCCUCGGUGCACACACAAAAUGGCAACACUACACCUGCACUGGGUGGCAGUUGUAGCGCCGAUAGUAAUGUCAGUUUUGAUGGUAGCGGUAGUGGUGGUGGUGGUGGUGGUGGCGGUGGCGGUAUUGCGGCUCUUGCAUCCACCAACACUGGCAGCGAUCGCGUAACACCAACACAGCCAACUACACAGAGUCAUGCCAAGCCAAAGAAGUCGGAGCGCGGUGAUUCGUUUCCUAAGUUGCGUCUGUCGCCGAAAUCGUUUCGCUUCAGCGGUCGCUUUGGACGCAGUAAAAGCGAAAUUGAGAAAUGUCCCAAUGAUCCGUUCUACAACUAUAGUAAAUCGUUUCAGGAGGGCACCGGUUGUCAAGUCAUAGAUUAUGCUGACGACAUAGCAAUCGCAGCAACGGGCAAACAUCUGCAAGUCCUGAGUGAAUUAUUGCAAAAUGCACUCAGUCUUGUAAACGUCUGGUUCAAGGAAUGUGGACUUAGCGUCAAUCCUACCAAGCCCGAGAGGAAUAAUAGAUGCGCCCACAAAGACGAAUUCGGCACACAGCGUGUCUACAAGAAGACCUCACCAAAUUGUGUGCUUACCCUGUAUUUACCAUCACGUGAGAUUACACUCUCCGGCAAUAAUCCAGCUAUACUACGUGGAAUAAUCUAUGUGGAUCCAAAAGCGAUACAAGGUUACCGAGUUUAUGCACAGUUAACUUUGACAUUUCGCUAUGGUCGCGAGGAUGAAGAAGUGAUGGGUUUACGUUUCUGCAAUGAGGCCAUCAUGUCGCUGCAUCAAGUUUGGCCCAGGAAUGAAGAGCCGGCGCUUGAGUCGCUUAGUCCACUGCAGGUGAGUGCGCUACCAAGGUUCACACACAUUUUUAUGUACUACAUAUGGGUAAAUCCAUGUCAAAUUGACCAAUGUUUGCACACGGCCAGUUUGGAUUUGUAUGAAUUUUAG